UUAAGUUUUUCUUUUCCCUCUAAUUAAGAAAAAAAAUAAGUAGUAAGAAACGAUAAUGCCAAUUUCUAGAAUUGCCAUCGGAAAUUUAGCAGAGGCUACCAAGCCUGAUGCUCUUAAGGCUGCAACAGCUGAGUUCUUUUCCAUGCUCAUUUUUGUUUUUGCUGGCUCAGGCUCUGGCAUGGCCUUCGGUAAGUUAACGAAUGGUGGAGCAGCGACGCCAGCUGGACUUAUUUCGGCAUCCAUAGCACAUGCCUUUGCCCUUUUUGUGGCAGUUUCAGUCGGAGCAAAUAUUUCUGGAGGUCACGUAAAUCCUGCUGUUACCUUUGGUGCUUUUGUAGGAGGUCACAUUACACUUUUUAGAAGUGUCUUGUAUUGGAUUGCACAAUUGCUUGGAUCCGUCGUUGCUUGUGUGCUCCUCAAGUUUUCUACUGGUGGAUUGGAAACAUCAGCAUUCGCGCUAUCAAGUGGAGUGACACCAUGGAACGCAGUUGUUUUUGAGAUAGUAAUGACAUUUGGCCUUGUUUACACUGUUUACGCGACUGCAGUUGAUCCAAAGAAGGGAGAUUUGGGAAUAAUUGCACCUAUCGCAAUUGGUUUCAUCGUUGGUGCUAAUAUCUUGGCUGGUGGUGCGUUUGAUGGUGCAUCAAUGAACCCAGCGGUGUCGUUUGGUCCAGCUGUGGUUAGCUGGACCUGGGACAACCACUGGGUCUAUUGGCUCGGCCCAUUUGGAGGUGCGGCUAUUGCUGCUCUACUAUAUGAAAUCAUCUUCAUUGGUCAGAACACUCACGAGCAGCUUCCUUGCACUGAUGAUUACUAAGGAUAUUGGAUUUCAUUUCCUCUUUUCUUUAUUUAAUCUCUAAAACCAAAUGUUGCAUAAUUAAUGUUUGUUUAAUUUCAACGUUGUUGUUGUUGUUUUAA